AUGAGUGCCAGUAAAACAGGGGACGAGUAUCCUUCCCCUAGGGAACAUGACGAAGCUGAAAGCCCUCGGAAAAGGAUGCGCUUAAACAAUUCAAGUCGCAAAAGCUGGAGUUUAAUGGACAGGAAAACCGAUCACGAGGUGCUUCAAGAGAUGGGUGUCAGUCUUCUAGAGCCAGACGAUUGUGGUGAGCUACCAUGUGAUCCUGGUACUUCAGGCAUGAUGCACAAAUCGCUAAAACGUAAACGUGACAUUGAAAAUGUAAAUCCAAUAUAA